CCGCGGGGCCCGGGCGGCGGCGGCUCUCUCUCCCCACUCACCCUCCCGAACAUUCCCCAGAAAGCUCUGCUGUGGGUUCGGCCGCCACUGCCGCUUUCGGCGGGGACCCUGGGCCGCCGCGGUGUUUCUCUUCGGGGCAGCCCGGCGCCUCGUAUUCCCUGCCGGUGCCAUCAGCCUUUCCUCCAGUCCCUCACACUCGUCGUCGCGCUCUGGGGACGUCACCAAACAGCGCCCGCCUCCUAGCGGAUAGAUGGUGAACUCUGCUCGGUGUUCGAUUCGCCAGCCUGACCACCUGAGGCAGGGCGAGCCCGAGCCGUCCGGCCGACAGACAUCACAAAUCGAGCACCGAGGAAACUUUCCUCCCUUCGGCAUGUCGCGUUCCCUCGGCUCCCUCCCGCCCGAGCCGGCAGCGGAGACGGUGGCCUCCCGGCUGCGGGCCGUGGCGCAGUUUCUCAGGCGGGCGCUGCCGCUGUGCCAGGCCCACACGGUGGAGUUUUACACGCGGGGGCUGUGGGAGCAGCUGGUGGCUCUCUCCCCCGAGACGGUGCUGGAGGUGUUGAGCGGGGCCGGGCUCCUGCGGCAGCAGCAGCGCCCCCUGGAGGAGGCCGCCGGCAGCGGCAGGGCCGAGCUAUGGGAUAACUGCAAGUUUUCCAACGUGUUCUGUGAAAAUUCUCAGAAGCUGGUCAACGUGCAGUUCUUUGCCCUUGCUGCUAAGUACCAUUCCUUGCCAAGCCUUGAAGUGUGUACCCCAUUAGAACAGAUGCUUGGAGCACUGAGUGGAAAGCAACACAAGAGAUGUGAAAUCAAAACAGAUGAGUUUAUGAAUAAUAAGAAAUCUCAUGAAGUGCAGAAAAUGUCAGAAUUGAUAGACAGCAUUGCAAAUUUUUGUGGUAUAAAGCAGGUGAUUGACCUGGGCUCUGGAAAAGGCUACCUAAGCUCCUUUUUAUCCAUGCAAUAUAAUCUAAAGGUUUAUGGAAUUGAUUCCUCAAACACCAACACUUAUGGAGCUAAUGAAAGGAACAGGAAAUUGAAGAAACACUGGGGAGCUUAUCAAAGUCGGGCAAGAGCAAAUGUCAGAGGCCAAGUGUUGGAAGAGCCAAAGGAUAGGGCAGUGCAAGAUGAAAUAAAAUGUAAAGCAAAUAUCAGUGAAAAGCUUUUAAGUACUAACAACAGUCUUUUAAGUCAGGACCAGACGGCUAGCUCAGAUUCUGUUCCUUUGGAAAUUACUGGUGCUUUCACAGACUCUGCUAUGUUGAAAACUGGCAAACAAACUGAACCUCAUUUGGUGACUCAGACACAGUCUGACGGGAACAAAAUUUCUGAAAAUGCUUUUUCUCUUCUAAACAUUCUACCUGCUGAUGCUGUAGAAGCUGUUUCUUCAUCUAAAUGUAACAUGGAGCUCUGUGAAGAGGAAAAAGAGCAAAGAAAAAUGGCUUCCAUCAAGGCCAAAGCAAGCAAGUCAAAUGACUCAAACAUUUAUUUGCCAUUGACCUCAUACAUCACUGCAGAAACAGAACUCCGUGAUAUCAUUACGGAUCUGGAGGACUGUAUAAUGGUGGGACUACAUACAUGUGGGGAUCUUGCUCCGAAUACACUGCGAAUCUUUACUGCUAAGCCUGAAAUCAAGGCAGUUUGCAGUGUGGGCUGCUGCUACCAUCUGUUGACAGAAGAGUUUGAAAACCAAAAAGAUUGCUCUCCGGGAUUGUGGGGGUUUCCCAUGUGCCGGUAUUUAAAGGAAGAGGGCUGGUGCUGUGGUCGCAAUGCCAGAAUGUCAGCGUGCUUAGCUUUGGAACGAGUUGCGGUCAGCCAAGUGCUGCCUACAGAAUCAUUGUUUUAUCGAGCUGUUCUACAGGUUAUUAUAGAGGAAUGUUACGGUGUCAUCAAAAGUGAUCGGCAUGUUGGUAAAAUUUUCUCCAAGUCUUCCUCUUUUGUGGAUUAUGUCAGAAAGUCUCUGAAGAAGCUUGAACUAGAUGAGUCAAAGCUCCCAGACAGCUGUAUAAUGGAUUACUAUGAAAAAUACAAGCAUAGAAUGAAUGAGCUGGAAGCAUUUAAUAUGUUGAAAGUUGUUCUGGCUCCCUGUAUAGAACUUUUAUUACUUCUGGAUCGUCUUUGCUACCUCAAAGAGAAGGACAACAUUACCUGGUCUGGACUGGUGAAGUUAUUUGAUCCUGUGAAAUCCCCCAGAUGCUAUGCAGUUGUUGCUCUGAAGAAAUAGAAGUGUGUUCAAGUUGAAGCAAAUUGCUAGAUAGUUCACUGCUCUAGGUCUGAUACUGUUGUUACUUUUGACCCCCAUGUUUAUUUUGUUGUUAUUUUAAGUUAUUAUCUAAGUACUUCAGUGAUAUAUUAUGUAACCAUCUUGUUUUUACUUGAAAAAUAAAGCAUUAAGUAUGAAUCAUGAGACAUA